CCAAUUAGUACCACAUAUGAGCAGAUUGAUAGACGUCCCAAACAAGCUCGCGGAGUAUAUGAUACAAGGAUGGGUUCUAACAGAUAUAAUAUGUCAAAAUGCCGAUUGCAAUGUCCCUCUAAUGCGACCUCCGCCGGGCAGCAGCUCGUCCGCGCUCUUCUGUGCUCAUUGUGAUGUCACCGGCUCAUCCUCUACACAGCAUGAGUCCUCUGUUUCUGUUCCUUCUCAAUCAGCAUCCACUGUUUCCUCACGCUCGAUGGAAUCACGCCCAUCCACACCUCCAACAGAGAUCUCGAGUUCGCUCAGCUCUCCUACCUUUGCACCACCGAUUGAAACAGAAGAUGUAAUUCGUCGCCGUCAACAAUCAGACCUCGCUUCCUCAGAGAUCGGCAAACGCCUGCUCAAAGGGUGGGCUAUGUUAGGAGAAGAGUGUCCCGGUGCCAGAUGUUUUGGCAUACCUCUGGUUCGGCCCCCGAAAGCUGGUGGGGGGAAGGAUCCUCGCAUGGAAUGCGUUAUUUGCGGAACGGUAUACAUGUGUGAACCUGGGUCACAACGGUUGACCAUCGUAGCCACUGAUGCAGAGUCGUCCUCUGUCCAAACGACCGUCCCAACCUCAUCAAGAAAUGGCACUGCACCCUCGACAUUGCCUUGGGGCGAGGCCGUCAGUGAUGCCAGAUCUGAUCGCCUAAAGUCUCUGGGAACGACAAUUCUGUCGGCGCCCAUCCCGCCGACUAUCAAGCAUCAGGAGACGUCCCAGUUGAUUUCAUCUCAGCCACGAGCUGUACAUGCCUCAACACUACACGCAUCAACUCAAGCUCUAGAAUUAUCGCUUCAGACGCUUACAGAUAAGCUGAGUGUUUUAUGCGCCUCACCUGCCAUAGGGGACCCAUCGUCCAUUGGCACGGUAGCUGAAGCCAUUAGCAAGGUGGCACAAGCACUCGAUCAUGUAUCACGACUGGGUCGCGAUGAUCGGUGAUGCGAUGUGAAUAUUGUGAAUGCUGGAGUGGCGAUUUCUUAGGCCGUUAGAGUUAUCACAAUUAAUCUGGUUGUUAACAAGCCAUGUUGAGUGAGCAUGUCGUCUUAGCGUGGCACUUUGACACCAUGAAUUAUAUCUUGUUCGAUAUGUGCCUCGCC